UUUUAAUACACACAUAAAUCAAGAGUUUGGCUUUUAUAUAUUUACCGAACAAAUACAGCUAGAUCUCCAUAUUUCUUCUUUACAUAUAUCUCGAGUAUCCAACACUAAAGCUUUCAAAGUAAACGUUCAAAACAUGGUCAUAGACGAGACGUUAUUGUCAACCGAGAUAGUCAACCGCGGGGUUGACUUGUCGGGGCCCGACGCCGGAGCCCGGAAGUUCUCGGUCCGGGUUCGUCGCCGGCUACCCGAUUUCGUGCAAUCCGUGAAUUUGAAAUAUGUGAAAUUGGGAUAUUACUACAUGAUAAGCAAUGGGAUGUUGUUGGCCGCCGCCGCUCUGCCGCUUCUCGCGGUGGUUUUCGGCAUGGAGAUGUCGGGAAAUCUCGGACGCUCUGAUUUUGUUGUUGUGAUUCCUCUUCUCGGUCUUCUCUCUUUGACUCUCUAUGUUUUCUACAUGUCCAAGUCAACACCUAUUUACCUUGUUGACUUUGCAUGCUGCAAACCAAAUGACGAUCUUAAGGUGACAAAGGAUCAAUUCAUAGAUAUUGCUCGAAAAUCAGGAACAUUUAAGGAAGAAAGCCUAGAAUACAUGAAGAGAUUACUUGAGAGCUCUGGGAUCGGGGACGAAACAUAUGUCCCUAAGUCCAUCGGAUUCCCAGAAAAGGAUAGGAUGAGUUUGAAUGUCACCCGAGCCGAGGCAUCAAUGGUGGUAUUUGACGCAAUAGAUGUGUUGUUCGAGAAGACAGGGAUCAAACCGAAAGACAUUGGAGUAUUGGUUGUGAACUGUAGCACAUUUAACCCGACUCCUUCACUCUCGGCCAUGAUCAUAAAUAGAUAUAAGAUGAGAGUGGACAUUCUAAGUUCAAACCUUGGUGGGAUGGGUUGCAGUGCUGGUAUCAUAGCGCUGGACUUGGCGCAAGACAUCCUACGAGCCAAUCCCAAUAGGUAUGCCUUGGUUGUUAGCACUGAAAUAGUAAGCUCCAUGUGGUACUCGGGAAACAACCCGUCCAUGCUCAUUCCCAAUUGCUUCUUUCGAAUGGGCUGCUCUACCAUUCUGCUCUCCAAUCGCAGACGCGACUACCACCGGUCAAAGUACCGACUUGAACACAUCAUUCGCACUCACCAUGGCUCAAAUGAUCAAGCCUUUAGGUCCAUUUACCAGGAUGAAGAUGACCAAAACAAAAAGGGCUUGAAAAUCGACAAAUCUUUGGUACAAAUUGGGGGAGAGGCUCUCAAGGAAAACUUAACCACUUUAGGGCCCAUGGUGCUCCCAUUCACAGAGCAAUUCUACUUCUUUAAAAACCUAAUCCAAAGAAAACUAACUGGAGCAAAAAUCAAGCCAUACAUACCAAACUACACCCUUGCAUUUACGCACUUGUGCAUUAACGCAGCAAGUAAAACAUUGUUAGACGAGCUUAAGCGGAACCUGAACCUUACUGAGGAGAACAUGGAGGCCUCCCGAGCAACGUUACACCGGUUCGGCAACACCUCGAGCAGUAGUAUCUGGUAUGAGUUGGCGUACCUGGAGGCUAAAGAUAGAGUGAAGCCUGGAAACCGUGUUUUGCAGCUGCAACUGGGGUCGGGUUUCAAGUGCAAUAGCAUUUCUUGGGUGGCUUUAAACGGGGUUAGGAAGUCUUGCAAUUGGAUGCAUAACCCUUGGAUUGAUUGCAUUGACCGCUAUCCUCAGCGGUCAUGCCUUUAGAGGCUGUACGAGUAAAUACGACUUUCUGGCAAGAUUAAUUACAAACUAUCCCUGUGUACCUUUGAAUACAACAAUAGUGGUGAAGGAAUAAGCUUGUCAUUUAGCUUUUGUGAAUUGGUCGCAUUUUCAAUUUUCAUGUGUUGCAAAAUAAUAAUAAUCUAGAAUAAACAACAUUAACACUUUGGAGUUCACAAA